AUGUCAACUAUAAAACGUAAAACAGCCGUUAAACCAUCGUCGCAAGAAGAUGAAAAUAAUACUGGAGCUACAGCAGGAUCUGAUCAAUCGGAAUCAUCAAAAAACAUUUCUCGGAUUUUAUCAUCAUCGGUGUCUGGCGCUUCUUCCCUUGUUAUUCUCCAACUUAUAAGCAGACUUGCAACUUUUGGUCUGCACCAAAUUGUACUGCGUUAUACCGAUCCGGCAACAUUCGGCAUUGCAUCAGUUCAAUUAGAAUUAUUAUUAGCUACUAUUUUGUUUUUAUCUCGUGAAGGAUUUAGAUGUGCCUUGUUGAGAGGCGAUGAUGACACCAUUGUAGCGGACUGUAAUAAUAUUUCAAAAGAAUCGAAAGUACUAGCAGAUUCUAAAAAGGGUUCUGUGCAAAAGAUUACAAAUUUAUCUUAUAUUCCCAUUCCCAUUGGAAUGAUUACAACAUUCCUCGCUUGUGCAUUCUACUUAUAUUAUGCCACUGAAGACACUUUGAACACUCCAUAUUAUGUAACAUCAGUUGUUUUAUAUGGUUUAUCAGCUUUUGGAGAACUUCUAAUUGAACCACUCUUUAUAACUGCUAUGAAUAACUUGAUUUUCAAACUUCGUGUGAGCUGUGAAGGAAUAGGCGUGAUAGUUCGCUGUAUUAUUACCCUUGCACUGACUCUCUUAGGCGCACAAGGAAAUGAUGAAAAAUAUUCAAAUACAUUUGGUAUUUUGGCUUUUGCAGUGGCUCAAUUCGCAUUUACAUUAGUAAUGAUGACUGGUUAUAUUGGUUACUUUGUUUUCAAAUGGGAUAUUUCUUUGUUGAUGCCACGAAAAUUAUAUGAUAAUAAAAACAAAGAAUUUUGGUUAGAUGCACAUCUUUUUGGCCUUGCAAAAACAUUUACAAAGCAAUCAUUAUUAAAACAUAUAUUGACCGAGGGUGAUAAAAUGUUGAUAGCAUGGUUGAGCAGUCCAGUGGACCAAGGAAUUUACGCCUUUGUAGUAAAUUAUGGUUCUUUGAUUUGCCGUAUUUUAUUUCAACCACUUGAAGAAGCUGGCAGAACAUUAUUUUCUAAAAUUUUAACUAAUGUUGACAAAAAAGAUGAAAAAGAUGCAAAAAAAAUGACAGACACACAAAAAACAGCAUUAUUUACAUCAUUAAAAGUUUUAACAACAAUAAUAAAAUUUCAUAUACUUCUUGGACUUCUUUUUAUCUGUUUUGCUACGAAUUACACUGGAACAUUGAUUGAUCUUCUUGUAGGAUCUGUUUGGUCUCAGUCUCCUGCACCAUUAGUAUUAUCUGCUUAUUGUUUGUAUGUUCCGAUUAUGGGUGUUAAUGGAAUAACAGAAGCAUUUGUGGCUGCAGUUGCAACUGAAGAGACUCUGAGCGCCUUAAAUUAUUGGUUAAUAGCAUUUUCUGCUGGAUUUGUGGGUUCAGGUGUUAUCUUCAUGAAAGUAUUUGCGGCUGGUGCAUUUGGAUUGAUCGCAGCUAAUGCAUUCAAUCUUUCAACACGUAUUACUUGGAGUUGGAAUUUUAUUCGAAAUUAUUUCUUAAAAAAUCGCAAUUGUUCUCAAAAUGAAGUAAAAGAAUUACGGCGGAUGCUAUCUUUAUCAAAUCUUGUGCCACGGCCAUUAGUAUUGAUAUCAUUCUUUAUGUCUUGGGUUGUGACUUUUUGGUCUAAUGAACAUAUUGGAUGGGCGACUAUCGAUGCAAAAAUGAAACAUACUGGAAUCGGUUGUUUUUGCGCGAUUAUUGUCGCUG